CUUCAAUAUACUAUCUCGUCCUUAGUGCAGGGCUAUAUUUGGUAUUUGCGGAGUCAAAUUAGUCACUGUGACUCAGCCAUCAGGUGGAGUUGAUAAUGCUUUACCACUAUCUAACAGCCAACUUGCCCUAUUCGUCGCAUAAUGACUGCCACAGAGCCAAAAGGGGUAUUAUAGAAUCUCAUUUUGGCCAGUUGUGGAGGCUGCACCAUUGUUUAUUUUAACACGCAUGCAUACAAUCCAGCUGCUAUUGCCACUGCCAUUCCAGAGCGUAUUUCACUUGUCAUACCAUGUCACUCGGUGUGCUGUCACAGCGUUGAGAGCUUGCAGUUUUCUGAUCCGUCUUCGCUGCAUUCUACUUUUGCAUUCAAUUGCCAAAGUUUUUAUCUUUACUAACUUUAGGCAAUUUCAUUCACACUGUUGGCAUUGGAACCCCAAUCCACUUCCAUGCCAACACGCAAAAAUAUCUACUACAAAAGCAUCAUGAAAGUCCAGCCAGUCUCCCCUUUUCUCUUCAGUCCACUAUUCUGCUUUAUUUCAUCUAGUUUCCUAUAUGCUGAUGAGCACAUGAUCCCAAAGGGUAAUGCCAAAGAUAGGAAGGAAGCGUCUUUGAUAUGUCUGAAUGUGCUGUCUACUGUAAGGAUCAACUAUAUAAUGUGGAGAGAUAGCUUCUUAUGUUGCGCGCCCGAUGCGGCUGUCCCUGACAUCGACAUGUCAGCCGAAUCAAGUGACAGAAAUCCAGGCGCCAACGAGAGCCCCGCUACAGCCUACGAUAUGGAGGUAGAGUCUAGCCUCUGAUAAGUUGCACAGAUGGCAGUAUUAAAAACUCCCCUGCGCAACUCGUCUAUUCCCUUUUCUCUCUUUUCUUCAGUAUUAAAUAUACCUUUUAAAACCCC